AAUGAAGAACAGACCUUAAUCUGCUAUUGUAAAACUCAAAUCAGAGCCUUCAGAUCCUCGUUCCUCUUUUUCUCACUUAUUGGUUAUUCCAAAAGCUAACAGACCUCUACAUACACCAUAACAAUUCCAUAUCGAUUAGGAAACGCUUUACAUAAACAAUAUGCAUUAGAAGUAGGAAACUAAUGAAAUCAAAUUCUAAAAUCUUAAACUAAAAACUCUAGUUUAAUAAUUAUAGGUUUCUUUAUAAUUUUAUAUAUUAUAGGCUCGCAUCUCUUAAAUUGAAAAAGUAGAUAAACAUCAAUUAUUAAUUGAUCCAUUAGGAAUGUCUACUAACAAUACUGAAGGAUGUAUUGUUCCUAUGCUUAAAGCCAAAAUUAAAAAAUAAGCUCAAAUAAUUGAAGAAUUGACUACUGAUUUACGUAAUCAAUGUAAAUCUGUUAAAUUAACAUCAAUUCUUGAAUUAUAAAAACAGAUUAAGAAUCAAUAAGAUGAAAUCCUCAAAUUACGAUAGUUUCAAUAACUUGCUCUCAAAAUAACAGAUUAAGAGUAAUCAAUUACUGUAAUUUUAUUCAAAGUUUAUUUAAUGAUCCUGACAUUGCUGAGCGUAUCUAAAAUUAUAUCAAAACCAUUGAAGCAUAAUAAAUUCAUAUUGACCAAUUGUUUAAAUAAAAUAAGAAAUUAAACUCAGAGUAUUAAGAAUUGUUAAAAUAAUCAAACAAACUUCAAGAAGAAUGCAAACAAAUUAGUAUAGAAAGAACAUAAUUUAAAAAGAAAUUAGAUGAAUAAAUCAUUACAGAAACUGAAUAAUAUUAACAAAAAAAAAGAGAAUUCCUUGAAAAAAAAUUAUAGUAAAUUUUUAACUUAUUUUAUAGGAGUGUUCUUAAAUAAGUGGAUUCUUUAAAAGGAGAACUGUCAUUAUAUGAAACUAAAUAUAAGUAAUCAACUAGGAUUUAAUAAGAUUAAGAGAGAGAAUUUAAAUAAACAUUAAUGAAUGCUUAAAAGGCUAAUAUACAUUUAGAAGAACUUUUAUAAAAAAAAGAAUAAUUAAUGCAGGAUUUAUAAGAUAGAGUUGCAAUUUAUGAUUUACUUAAAUAAAAAUCAACAAUUGAAGAACCAAUUGUAAAAUUAGUUCCAUAGCCUCCUAAAACAUAUCGUGAUUAAUACAUUCAAUUCCCUGAACCAUUAAUUUUAUAACACAAACCUACUGACAUAAUUAACGCAAAUCCUAUUGAUUAAGAACGUCUUUAAUAAUUGUUGGAAGAUCUCAAAUAUAAAGUGAUAUCUCUAUGUUUGACUUAAUAAAGAUUACAGUUUAUCUUUAAAGAUAUUAAAUUUAUGUAAUUAAAAGAUUCUCUUCAAUAUUUUAUGAGAUCUCCUUUCAAUUAUUAACAAUAAGAUGCUCUUAUUUUAAGUCGUCAUUUCUUUAGUGAAGAUAAAGGCACUGGUUUCAAAAUAUAAUGGGAGGAUACUUAAAACAUAAAUGAUCUAAUUUAAUUAAUUAUUCCAAAAAAGGAGGAUAUUUAAUUUAAUUUCAAAACAAUCAUUAAUAGACAUAAUAUUAUUAAACAACUAUAUUCAGUAAUUAAAAACUUAAAAUUAAAUGAUAUCAAAUAUAAUAUUGAUGAUUAUAUGAUUCAAAUCAAAAGAAAUACUAAUUUAAAUGAUGAGUAAAUCACAUUUCUUCGUCUUAUUAAUUAAAUGUAUUUAGGAGAUGUAACUAAUAUUGAUUAAGGAUUUUUACGUCUCUAUUUAAAAGAAGAAUGUGAAAUGAUCUCUUAGCUUUAUAAAUUAUAAAAGAUUGAUUUUGUCAUUUACAGAUACAUUCCAAAACUAUAUAUAAAAUAAGAGGAUAAUGAAUUUGAAUAGAUCGAUUUAAAAUAAAAAAUUUCAGAACCAAAAAUUGAAGAUACAUCUUUAACAUUUUCAUGUAAUUAGUUAAUUAUUAUCAAAGUACUUAGAAUGAAUGAUUCUUACUUAAAAACAUCAGAAAGUAGAAAACCUACUUCAGCUAGAGAUACUCUUACUUACAGUUAAUCUUAAACUGAAAGUAUUCCUCUAAAAAUGAAACAAAAUGAUAAUCAAAGUAGAAAUAUUCCCAGCGUCUAUAGAGAAUAAUAGAUUUAAGAGAUUAAAGAAGAAGAAGAAUUUGUUGAAUUUUAAACAUCUAAUUAAUUCAUGAUGCAGCCACCCUAAUUAUUGAAAAAUUAAGAGCCUUUUCAAAAAACUGAAGAAGAUUAUAAAGAGAUAUAUUCUGAAGAAUUAUGA